AUGCUCCGAAAUUUUUGCUUUUUAACGUGUCGUCGAGUUUUUCACAUCAUGAGCGACAAAUCGGUGGCAAAACAAACCGUACGCAUCGCUACUUUUAAUGUCCUAGCUCCGUGUUACAAUUGGUUAAGGUAAGCUCAUCUUUUUAUUGCAACAUAAUGCCCACAUCGUGGAAUAACACAAUUUAAGGUUUCUUUUGUACUAGUUCUUCGCCUGCAUCAUAUGUUAACGCAGGAAGACUACACUUUAUGUUCGUGGUUAAUUAUUGUUGACAUGAGAGGAACAAAAUCUAAGAAGGUUAUAAAUAAAGCUCUUAAUAUUGCAUAUCUAACUCAUAUCUCGGUCUGAAUAUCUCUAUGAAGUCAGAUCGAAUGUUUAUCGAUGCUUGUGUGCUAUUUUUUGCGCCCUCAUGAGCUGUUUGAAGUGUCUUUUUGCGGAAUUACUUUUGGCUGGAGGCCGUCUAUAGUAAUUUUUUAAAAAGACACUUCAAACAGCACAAGAAGGCGAAUAAAUACCACAAAUACAUCGAUUAUAAUUUCAUUUAAUGAUAAUGAGAUAUUCAAACUGAGAUGUAAUUUUGAUAUGCAAUUUCAGAGCUUUAUUUGUAACCCUUAUAAAUUUUGUUUGUCUCAUGUCAACAAUAACGAACCAUGAACACAUAGUGUGGUCUGCCUGCAGUGUUAAUAAUACUGUUUACUUACUUUGGAAUAAAAUGGCUAGUGUGUGAUCAUGGUUAGCAAAUGGAAUUCUGUUGUGAACAGACUUACAGGCAUGAAAAUUCACUUAUCACAGAGCUUUUGAAAAAUGGGACAUUAUGAGCUUAAGAUAAUGCACAUGAUGGAGACUGCUAUGAUUAUGUUAAGUGUAUAAUUAUUUGUCUUGUAACAUUUCAGUGGCUGGUGGGAUCGCAGUGAAAGCAGUAACCCCAACCUAUACAUACCAAGAUUCCGUGCCAUUAUUGAUCUUAUAUCUAAACAGAAGCCUAGUGUGGACAUUAUUUGUCUUCAAGAAUUUUGGUUUCAUGGUGAUGUCAUGGAACUUUUUGAUAAACAGUUUGAAGAAAAGUAAGAUUUGUUUCUAAUAGGUUGUCCAACAAAUUCAUGUCUGUGAUCUUCACUCAAGUCCAAGAUAAUGUCACCCCAUUCCUUAAAACAUGUAAACCUUGAGGAUUACCACUCAUUAUGCAAUAUGCAUUCUACAGCAGUCCUGUUGCUAACCUCCUGAAAAAAUUUCAAGCUGAAUUAGACCCACUUAAAUGUAAUAGUUUUCAUUUAUUUUGUAAGUUUCAGCAUUAAGAUGUGACUAUAACCAUAAUGAGUUACAACUGGGUAAAAUGUGAGUUUGAGCCUGGCUUUGAAUCUCAAAGUUCAUGUGUCAUAAGGUAUUAUUAUUAAAGUGUACCAGCUUAGAUUUGAUAUAAAUCAUUUUUCAUUGGUAUUGGGUCAAGAUGAGUUCAAAUCAUGUAUAAUAUGCUUAAUGUAACCAUAUUCAUUCUACUUUGCUGUUGUAGAUACAGAAUAAUAAAACUAAAGAGGACCGGUUUUAAGACAGAUGGCCUCGCAUUAUUGAUUGAUCGCUCAAUUAGGUAAGUUCUCUUAUUAUUAUGUGGCUUCUUUAUGAUGCAAGAAAAAGUAUAACUGUUACAAAGCAUAGAAGGAGUUCCAUUUUUAGGCUGAAUACAUAUUGAUUGUUACAUAGAGACAUUUGCUACAAGUUAAUGUCUUCAAACUGAAUGAUUUUCCACUUUUUUCUCUUUCUUUUCCUGUCUUUUGUCUCUUUCUUUUUACUUUCUUUUUCCUUUUUUUGCAGCAUACUGUCUAUAUGUCCUAUUCGUUUCAAUGAUAUGAAUCGCAGAGUAGCUUUACUAGUCCACCUUCUGUUGCCAAAUGAGCAAGAGGUAUUGUGCUCUGUGAAUGAUCUGUAUCUUGAAGUAUAUGUCCAGUUAAAUCUGUUGUCACUAAAACCUGUUAUUGGUUAAAAACAAGCACUGAGAGUUAGUUUAACAGUAACAAUUUUAUUAUCUUAUCACAUUAGAUUAUGCUUAUGACAACACAUCUGACAUAUUGCUCAAACUUCAUUGACCAAUUGCUACGAAUGGUGAGCACACAAAAAAUUUAUGAAUAUUUGUUUGAUAGUUAACUAGAUUGAAUGGUAAAACAUUUAGUGAAGUCAAGCUUAACCCCAUCAUACUUUUCUCAAUUUGAAUAUUUGUGGGCAAUAAUCAUACUUAAAUUAUGAAUUGGUUGUAAACGGAAGCUUAUUAUGUUGUCAGAAUUUAAAUUUUUGUUUGAUUAUUUUCUUUACAGUCUCAAAUAAAGAAAGUGAAAAACGAAAUUGAAUCAUAUCAGCAGAAGUAAGUGUAUUUUACUGUAGAAACCUAAAGCUUCAGUUGAUAAACAACAGCUUUUACACUCACAAGUAUGAUGAUUUAAUAUGUCUAACAUUUAAGUCUGAAUAUUUUCACAGAAAUAAUGUAGAAAACAUACCUGUGGUGCUAGCAGGAGAUUUUAAUGGCUGCCCAGAAGAUGAGGUGUAUGGCUUUGUGAUUGAAAAUGGUUUUGUGUCAUCAUACAAAACUGUGCACUGCAGAGAACCUCGUGUAACACACAGACUUUAUAGCGGUGAAGAGAUACUUGUAGAUUAUAUAUUUUACAGGUGAGAGUUCACAUUUUAAGAUUUUAAUUUGAAGGUCAGAGUGUGCCCAACAAAUUUUAAUUACAUCACUAGAAAAGCUUCACUGUGGUUAAGUUCUGAAAUUAGAAUGACAAGGCUUUUAAUGAUGGCCUUGUUUUGAUUAUAACAUUGAAAAUGAUACAUGGCCUUUUACAUUGAGUGAAAUUUUUAGCACAUGUAUUUUGAAACUCUUCAGCUACUUUUUUAUUUAUUUGCAUUGAAAGAUGAGUUGUGCCUGUGAGAUGACAGAAGCAAACUGUCAGACCUGACUCUUUCCACUAAAUUGUUUUUCUUCACAUUCAUUUUCUUUGUUUUUUGCAGAAAUCCACCUCAAUCUCAACUUGUUCCUAUAAAAUCCAUAGUGUUGCCGGCAGAAUUCACUGAUGAAGUAACGUUUACUUUGCUACUAUUCAGGGCUUUGUUAACCUUUCAGUUUUUAAUUAUUAUGAUACUACAGGAGUUGGUUGUGAGAAAAGUUUAAUGAAAAUACAUGUAAACACAGUAUAUGGCCGGCCUACCUACCUGUAGUUCCCAAACAAAUCACGUGAAGUUCAUUUUGUCUGUAGAGUACUUGAUUGUGAAAUCAAAUGAUCAAAGGAUAUUUAAAGCUGAUACUAGUUUCUACUUUGGCGUUCUCUAAUCGAGUUAGUAUAAUGAAGGUUCGAUUGCCAUUUCAGCUGCUGAUGUACAUUACUUACAAAGAUCCUCUUUCUUUGUUGAUAGGAGUGGCCCAAGGAGUUCACUUUGUCUGAUCACAGGAUGAUAAUGACGGAAUUUGAGCUUGAGACUAAACAGGAUAAUCAACCUGAUGGUCAGAAGAGCAGUGAGCAGUUGGAUCAAAGAAAAGUUAUGUGUCAUGACUAUGACAGAGUUUAAGGAUUAGAGGGUCUAAAAAUUCAAUUUGUCUUUCAGCCAAUUGGUCGAACUGUGAGACAGUCAGACUGAUUGGCAGUCAGACAGUCGGACACUACGAUGCCUGCAUUUACGCAGAAUGUGUUUUUUUAGUGUAUUGUGCUCUAAGCACUUUGCUCCUGAGGAUUCCCAGACUCAGUAACCUUAGUGUGCUAUUCAAAUGGGAAUAAUAAUGUUACAUUAGUACUACACCUCGUUUCAAACUGUAAAUUUCACACACCUUAUAAUAGUAUUGUAAAUAAAAUAUAGCCGUUUGUAGUCAACACGCGAUCGUAAUGAUUUAUCUGUUGUCUAAUCAGUUCCUGCUUUUUCCUAUAAUCUAAUGUACCAUUGGUACCUAUGACUCAAAAGUAGUUUGCUGCACCAUUUAGCAAAUAAUAAUAAGGAUGAAAACUUUUAAUGUAGCACCAAUUAGCAGCACGUUACCUAAGAGUGGUUUUAAUUGGAACAUUUCUUUUGACAUAGGGUGUCCGGAAAUAAGUUAGUUUUCAUGAAGGUUGAAGAUAUAGAUUAUAUAUUUUAUUUCGUAAGAUCAAGUUGCGUUCGUUUGUUUAGUUUGUCAAAUAAGCUAGCGUUGGUCAGAUAUGUUUGUCUUAAAGCUAACUAACUUUAUUUAUUUACACAGUUGUUUUCCGUGGCUUUUUGUCUUGAAGGGGAGAAUUGUCGCUUUAAUUGCCAGCAUGCAAUAACUUUUGACGGCAGGAAAUAAUCUACUCGGGAUCCGUGAGACCUACUGAUGUGAAACAUCAAAUUUGUUUGCGUUUAACAUUUCGAUUCACUAAAACAUAAAAAAGGAAACUUUUUCUGCUCAAUAUAUUUAAAGGGAAAGAGUCGGUCUGAGUUGUUCAGACUCACAAAGAGUCAAGACGAUACGAAAAUGAGAUUAAUUAACAUUUAAAGUAGAUAUGAAUUCUCGCUUCCGUAUUUGUCGCAAAAAUCAUUUCUUUUAGGGAACGUGGUCCAUAGAUAUUAUUAGGUCGCAAAUGAGUG